AUGUCGCAACCAUCGCUUCCGCUCCCGAACAUCAAGCAGCCCCUUCAUCAUCAACCAUACGAGAGUGAUGCAGCAGCCUACUUUUGCAGCAGCCACGCUCGCCAGCAGCAGCCAGAACUUAGAUCGCAUUGUAUGUUCAAGACCAAUCUGUGCAGCGGACCAAUGCAUUGUCGCUACUGCUCCACUGGCAACAGUACACAUAAUCCAACCAACGACCAUCUGAACAACAAGCCAUGGCGGAUUGCCUUUUUCCAAGACGAUCGCGAGCAUCAUCACCAGUACUACCAACAAGAUGUACUUCGUUCAACCAAAUCAACCAUCCACCAAAACAGCAAUGCUGUGCCCCGGCGACUUAGCUCUGGGUCAGCUUGCGAGACGUGUCGUCGUCGUAAAACCAAGUGCGACGGGGGCCAGCCAUGUGCAUAUUGUGCUACCAAUCGGAUUCCUUGCAUUCAUCGUGCCAGUAAAAAGAGAUCUGCUCAUCAUUUAAACAACAACAAGCAAACUGCAGUGAUGAUGGGCUGGACAACGACGGAUAAUAACAGCGGCAGCAAUAACAACAAUUAUAACAAUAGCAUUAAUAACAGCACCAUUAGCACAAAUGCUGCCGCUGCAGCUGCAGAAGAAGAAAAGCAAAGGUUACAGCGGACGGAGCCUUUGACUCGCAAAGUGGAGCGGCCGCUUUCAGCAAUGGAUGUUGAUGAUCAUGAACCAAGGUCCAUUAUGAAACAGGCUAGCUGCCCUUCCUUGAUGGUCACGCAGUGGCCACAACAACCACGGGGCAGUACCUCUCCAAUCAAAAGUCUUUCACCGCCGUCGCCAUUGUCCGACCAUCAUUCGACAAGCAGUGACAAAGUGACGACAACAUCAAGCCCAAUCUUUGCAGAUCAUGUGACAAAGGAGACAAUGCCGAGUGUGAUGGAUCAACUAUCGUGUAGAACUUUUUCCGCUGUCACAUUGGCAGCCGUUGAUCGAAGCCCUAGCUACCCCAUCUACCCUUUGUUAGCAGGAACAGCUACACACGAGCACAACAUGCGUCGAGGCUACGCGUCGGAUUAA